AUUUACGUUGGCUGCAGAGAUCCAAUCUUCUUCAGCGUUCAGUAACACGAGGCGCUAUGAUAGUUCAGUCACAGGACUUGGCAUCAACACAAGGUAGGGCACACUGAGUGGACUGGAAUAUGUGGUUGUUUCGACUGUGAAGCACAAUGCCAUUCUUGAUUUAAGUCGUUGGCAGCUUCUGGCAUCAUUGAGUUUUAGUUCAACACCAAGUUGGAAGGUGCUUUAGAUGUUUGUUUCAUGACCGUGUACAAUUUGCAGAUACAUUCAGCACAGGAUUAAUUAUAUGAUGUAAAUUUAUCGUAUACCUUUGCUGUAAAAGCAGUUUAAAAUAUUUAACGGUAAACGAGGAGAUAGAGGGUCCUGACCCAAAAUAUUACCUACCCAUGUUCUCCAGAAAUGCUGUCUGACUUGCUGAGUUAUUUCAGCACUUUGUGUCUUUAAAAAAAAUAUUAAGCAUUGUUUAAUCCUGAGAAACUAAUUUUUUAAUGGAGUCCCAUUUCACAAUUACAGCUGAAUAAUAACUCUAGCCCUGAAAAUUGAACAUUAACAUGGAUAUUCAGGGAAUGGAGGGGUGUGGACCGUAUGCAGACGAGGCGGCUAGAGAUGUGGCAAAGGCAUGGAAAUCACAAGAAAUAGCUGGAGCUGAGGAUUUACCCUUGCCUGGUAGAUCUGAUUUUGACAAAAAGUUAACCUGUGGCUUCAAGCUCCAGCAUCAUCCUCCUCCUCCCAAUCCCAUGGACAAGACGCAGAGUGAAGAAAACCAUCGCAUAGCUGUGCAACUGUGUGUCAAUCCAGAGUCAUCUGACAAUUUGGAUAAUGUCAUUAUGCCACCUGGCCCACCCACCAACUCCAAGGAAGAGACACUACAAUGCAAUGAGUCCAACUAUUCAGCUUGCUAUAGAACCAAAAGCAACAAUGACCAAUUACCUAGAAAAUGUUAUAUUGAUCAAAAUGCAGCCAUAUUUCCAUCAAAACAGAGGGAACCAUUGUUUCAAGUGAAGUCACUAUCGAACACAAGUGAUUUUUGGAGCAACCUUCCAACCAAGGCAGCAAAUCAUUCUUCACAGACCUCCUGUUGGCAUAUGGUAAAUAGCAAUACCAAACUGAAACCAGACCAAGGGGAGGAAUCUGAAAAAAAUCACUCAAGUACUGUUGUCGUGAAUGCAGAAGACGUCAAAGAAAAUAAGUUAGGAAUUCCCAUUCUUUCUGCCAAUAUGUCUGGUUUCGCACCUUCCUCUAUUCAGCAGCCUGCUUUCGAGAUAAGACCAAACAAACCUGCAAGCAAGGAGAUGAUGGCUGCUCAAACACCCAUCUGUGAACAAGCUUUAGGUUCAUUUACAUUGCAAAGCAGCUGCUUGCUGAAAGAGAAUACAGGUUCGGCAGGUUGUCAGCAGUCUUCUAUUAGAGAUUCCAGCACUGCAGAAGCUAUUUCCCCAGUUAACUUCCUUUCAUUUAUUGAUGGCGUUUCCAGCUCCGAAGAUAAGUCAAAUUGCAUGGAUCAACUCCAACUGGGGAAAAGGGAAGUGCAAUUGUUUGUGAAAGAUACUUUGUGUGGAAAUGAUACAUUCCCAUCUUUACCACAAGAAGUAAAUUCAUUAAGAAGUGAAGUGGUUGAAGAGGUAUCCUUGCCUAGCAAACAUCAGGCACCUCUCACUGAAGGUAUUGAAUCUAGAAGUGUUGCAUUGCCUUUUUUAAAUGCUGAAGGAGUAUUAUGCAGUCAGCAAGAUUUAUUGACAGUUUCAAAGCCCAGUAGCAAAAAGGAACUCUUGGCCAUUCCACUCAUUGACUCACUGACUCAGAAGCAACAGGUAUCUCCUGUGUCAGAAAUCUCAUUCAUAACUGAGGAUCUGCCAGCUCCAAUGGAAGAAUAUAAAAUGCUCAGUAUGAAGGAGUUGAAUUCUCUAUUUGACGAAUUAAUACUAUUUGAAACAGAAGUCUCCUCACCUCCUGCUGAGGCUAAUAUCGCAUUUGAAACUGAAGAAUUUCCUCCGCCACCUGAAGAACUGAUCUACCUAAGGGAAGAGCUUCCAUCUCCACCACGAGAAUAUGACAUUGGAGACAUAGCACCAUCAUCUGCUGGCAACUCUUUCAAAUGCAAAUCUUCGCCGAGUGAUAAAAACUGCAGGAUGGACACUGAUGAUCUCCAUCGCUUUCCUCCUCCGCCUGUCGAAGAAAUGGUGGAGGGUAGGAAAGGCAAUUGCCCCCUCAGAACAAGUCGAGGCAAGGAAACCUCCACACAAUUUUGUGGAGAUCACCUCUUGUUGGAGCCCUCAAGUAUCCACCAAUCUCAAACAGAAGGAGAAUUGGUCAAUCAUUUAAGGUUUUUUACUAUAGGAGAACAAAUGCUGGUAGAUAAUAAGGAGCCUGAUUCUUUAAAGUUUAAAGGACACGCACUAUUUGAUGCUGCAGAACUGGAUAAAGCAGAAGGAGGUCAUGACAAAACCUCCUGUAGACUGAAAUACAUGGAAUGCAUAGAGAAAUGUGAUAAUUUUGUUACUACAGAACAGCUUCCCCACCGAUGGGAUAAUUCUGAUGGAAAUACUGAUGUGUCUAAUAGUGAAGACUCAUUCUCUGAAGGGAUCCCUCUGCAAAACCUAGGAGAUCUAGAUGAUAGUUUGAGCCAAGCUCAUUCUUUUGAAGAGGAGCCCGAGGAGGUAAAAAAGAAAAGUGUUGCCUCUCAGGCUAGUGACAACAGGCUGAUUUCAGACCAAGGCAAUGAUCUUGAGCUGGAACGGGUAAUUUUGGAGUGUGCGAAGGCAGUAGAAUCUUUUGCAGGUUCUCAGAAUUUGCUGUGUGCUGAAGUGGAGGCAAAUUUGGACUUAGAUACUCAUCUUAAUUCAGAAGCUUUAGUCUGCACUUUAGUUCAGCAUCACCUUGUGGGCAAAGACAAUGAGCAGUCGGUGAAUGAUGUUGAAGAGUAUCUCGUAGAACAUCUGGUGGAAGGAACUUUGGGUGAAGUGACCAGCUCCGGAGACCUGGAAUAUCAGUGCACCCAAGAGAAGCAUCAAAUCAAGCUAUGUUCUGAACUGAGUUGGCAAAACUCUCGACCAGUUAAAGGACAGAUAGGUCAUGACAAAAUGAACAAAGGUGUUACUGACCACCUCAGCAUUGACUGUGUGCAACUGCAAGAUAAAAUUAGAAUUGCACCAACAGGAUGGAGCCAUGAAUCCAUAGAAAAAGUGACCCAAAAUGUAAUCACGGAAAUCAUAGAUGAAGCCACGAAAGAAUACGAAAAAAUCAAGGAAAAACACAUUGGAAACAGAGAAGCAAAAUUAAUUCUCUGCCCUUGGCCUGCACGAGAAUGUUUGACUCCAUGUAAAAUGAUGCAUCACGAGCGGAUUUGUGAAAGCAGCCAGGAUGUAGAUAAUAAAGAGCUGAAUGCGCCACAGCCCUUCCUGGGCACGAAGACCCAUGGACAGAUGUUUCUGUUGGACUGUUGGUGUUCUGUUCCCCAGAGGCGGACGGAGGAAACCGUGUUUGUUGUGCCUCAUAACUUCACAGACGUUCGACAUCUGGCUGGAAACACUGUCGAUGCCCUGUGGACCCAACGUGGCCAGCAUCAAGUUGGCAAUGAGAUCAAUGUGCUGGAGUGGCAGAAGGAUAAGGAUAUUGAUGAAAUGGAUGCUGAUGAAAAAUGCAAGAGAGUAUAUAAACAGACCAUUUUUGAUUUGACAUCUGAUAUUUUUCAAAAUGUCUUGAUAAAAGAACCAAAGCCAAAACUAGAUCCAUGGAUGAAAACCAGGUCUCGUGCUUCAAUCUAUUCUGGUCAUUCUCUCAAUAAAGAUGAUAAGAUGGAAGUGACGUCUUUCAUCCAAGAUAAGGUGACCAAGUUACUAAAUCUGGACCAAAAUGACCUAGAAAAGAGAAGAAUACAAAAGCUGACCAAAUACAAGAGCAAAAGGGAUCGGGUGGACAUCAUUCUGAUUCAGGAACUGCAUGAAGAAGAGAGUGACUGGGUGGAGUAUGCUGCUGAUGAGCUCACAGUGAAGAUGAGACUAACUGAGGACAUCUUUAACAUCCUGGUUGAGGACACAGCAAAUAUUCUCAGCACCAUCUAUAGCAAGAGGCUGGCCGAGCAAGAGUUCAUCACCUCCACCACAUGAAAUUUCAGGCAAUGUAUCAUUGACAAUGUACUGGCAACACCAGAUGAAGAACCAGAUGUUAAAAUGUUUCUCAGAAUGCUCAUAAUCACCACUUAAUGUGCAAAAUUAAAUCCAGGGAAUUUAAUUAACGCUGAGCAAAUGGACAUAACGGCCUGAUUUGCACUGGGGACAUGGUAUAACUUGGAAGUUGACAAGCAAGGUGAUGGCCAUCCAUUGGCAGUGGCCUUACUAUAGCACAGGGCACCCACUUCUAGGUUGAAAGUUGUGGGUUUAAGUCUGCCACAAGGACUGUACAAAAUCCAUGU